AUGUUGAAUAACGAUACGGAAAUUAUUGAAAAACCAUCAUUAUCCUCGUCAUCAUCACCUCCUCCAACAACAACAACAUCUCAUUUUUCUUAUUUAAUUCGACCAACAACUCCUUGUAUAUUUGGUCGAGAAACUUAUAAUAAUGAAGAUGAACAAAUGAAUGAUGAUGAAUUUUUUUUAACUGCUGGUGGAAUUGUUCAUUCUUGUCCAAAUAUAUACGAACUAUCAAAUGAUAAUAAUCGAAAACUUCAAUCAUGUGAUCAUUUAAUAUAUAUUGAUCAACAAACAGCAUUAGUUAAUAGUAAUCAUUUAAAUUGUUAUGAUACAGAAUUUGAUCGUUAUUCAAUUUUACCACGUUUUCAACCGCUAUCAUCAUCAUCAACAUCAAUAUCAACAGAUUCACUUAAUUCAGAACUUGAAUUAUAUAAAGAACGACAUGCUAUUGGACUUUGUCGUCAAUAUCAUGAUGAUACAUCAACAUGUUCAUCAUUUUUACCAACAACAUGGAAAUCUGAUAAUUAUCUUUUAUUUAUGCCAUUUAUACAACAUCAUCAUCAUCAUUCUUCAUUUUUAAAUUCAAUUGAUCAUGGAAAACGAUCACGUUCACAUGAUAUAUCAAUUGAACAAACAUAUGCAUCUAUUAUUGCAUAA